UGUAUUGCGAGAGGCUGUCUCCUUGUCAUUUCUGGCUUAUAACUAAAAAUAGAAUAAUGCCCAAAAGCUGCUGUGUGACAAUAUGUACAGCUAACAAGCCAAAGAACCCAGAAACAAGUUUUUAUAAGCUGUCGACCUCCCAAAACGAGCGUUUAAAGACAAAAGUGGAUACAGGCAACUUGUCAUAGUACUACUAUUAGUAGAACAACAACGCCCACUUGAGGGGAACGUAAUCGACGACAGGAUAUGCUAAAAAAAAAAAAACAAUUAGCUAUUUUUAACCAUGUCAAGCGAUUAUUUUACUACCCUAUGUGUACCUGAGAGAAGGAGAUAUAUUGAAAAACUAAAUAUUAUUGGUCUAUGUCAGUGCCCAUUUUCCUUACCUUCCUCUUCAUGGAGAAAUGACCCGACUGAAUGGCCCAACGUUAAUUACGGUGACAUUUACAACUAUUUAAUCGAAUCACCAGGAAUUUAUACUCAUAACUUGAUGAAAAACUUCCGUUCGUUGGAUGCCCACAACUUUUUUAUCAGUGGAUGGGUGCAAGUUGUGUACCACCACAAACCAGCCAACUCAGACUGCACAGUUUUUAAGGCCGAUGUAAAGCCAUCCUGGAGGGUCACAGACCCAUCACAUCACUCAUGGGUUGCUGUGAGGAGUGAUGGAACAGUUGUGGCAGCCCAUUGUGACUGUAUGGCUGGGCUUGGGGAGACAUGUUCUCAUGUGGGGGCUGUACUUUUUAAGGUAGAGGCAUCUGUCCGUCUUGGUUACAACAAAGUGACAUGCACUGAUCUUGCAUGUCAGUGGAAUAAGGUGUGCACUAAAAAAGUAGAGCCAGGCUUAAUUAAAGACAUUGAGUUCUACAGUGACACAGCCAAGGCAAAACCACCUUCCAAGAAAUACAAAUAUAAAGGACCUGUACCUCCAGCUACAGAAGCCCUGCAAAUACAACUACUGGAGAUGUUAUCCUCUACAGGAACCAGUGUAGUGGCCCUUAAAACACACAGAACAUUUACAAGAUCAGCAAAGCCGUGGUUCCUCAAUUUAGAUGGUAUAUCAGAGGAUGAUGUAUUGAGCAUCGAUAGAGCAACUAUAAAUCAGGCGAGCAGUGCCUUAUGGCACAGACAUAGAGUUGGAAGGGUCACAGGAUCAAUUGCACACAGAGUUCUCCAUACCUCUCCCACCACUCCUGCUCCAUCACUCAUUAGUACCAUAUGUCAACCUAAGAACAGAGCCAUUAAGACCCCGGGUAUCCUCUGGGGGAAGAAGCAUGAGAGUGAUGCCCUUGAAACAUACAAGAUAGCAGUAGGGAUUGGCCAACCAAAUCAAGGAACCUCGACCCAGAUUUAUCUGCACGACCAAGUGGGAACAUCGCAUGUCAACUUGCAGGUGAAGAGGGCUGGCUUCAGAGUAUCACUGGACAAACCAUUCAUUGGCGCAUCUUGUGAUGGCUAUGUAAUGUGUGACUGUUGUGGGCCAGGAGUUGUCGAGGCCAAGUGUCCCUACAACUGGGGCCAAGACAUGGGCGGCAGUCUAGAUCAGUGGCUCCACGACCCCAGAGGACACCUGCAGAGCGCAACUGGUUUGAAAAACAAUCACCCCUACUUUACCCAGACUUCUGGACCUGCCACAUUCUACCAAGAAUGA